AUGGCGGCCGUGAAGCGAGCGCUGCUGGUGUACCGGCGCGCGCACGGCUACUGUGCGCUGCUGGUGUGCGCGCUCGGCACGGCGGCCAACGCGCUCAACGUGGCGGUGCUGACGCGGCGCGAGCUGGCCGCCGCGCCCAUCAACCGCCUGCUGACGGCGCUCGCCGUCGCCGACAUGCUGCUGAUGCUCGAGUACGUGCCCGUCGCCGCCUACCUGUACGUCGUGCUGCCCGAGCAGCGAGACUACCCAUACGGCUGGGCCGCCAUGCUGCUGGUGCACGCCCAUCUCUCGCUCAUGCUGCACUCCGUCAACGUCUGCCUCACGCUCACCCUCGCUGUCUGGAGAUACAUCUCCAUCAGGUACCCGGAGCAGGCCCGCAAGCUGUGCACGCUGCAGCGCUGCCACGUGGCCAUCGCACUGUGCUACACGCUACCGGUGCUGGCGUGCAGCCCGCCCAUCGCCGUCUUCGAGAUCCGCGAGACCAGGGUGCGCCAGCACUCGGGCAACCUCACACUUUACCACGUGGGGCUCAGCGACGCCGCCGAGAAGGACGACAAGCUGCUCUACCACGCCAGCUUCUGGCUCUACUCGGUGGUGCUGCGGCUGAUCCCGUGCGCGGCGCUGUCGCUGCUGAUCGCGUGGCUGGUGCGCACGCUGCUGCGCAACGGCCGGCAGCACGCGGCGCUGACGGGCCGUUCGCGGCGCGCGCACCGCACCACGCGCAUGCUGGUGGCCGUGCUGCUGCUGUUCCUGGCCACCGAGGUGCCCAGCGGCGUGCUCGGGCUGCUGAGCGUGCUGCUGCGGCCCUGCUUCUUCCUCGGCUGCUACAAGCUGUUCGGCGAGGUGAUGGACAUGCUGGCGCUCACCAACGGCGCCGUCAACUUCGUGCUGUACUGCGCCAUGAGCCGGCAGUUCCGCACCUCCUUCUCGCAGCUGUUCUGCCCCGCGCUGCUGCUGAGCAAGCGCAAGGCGCCGCCCGCCUCGCUGACGCAGUCCACGUGUGUAUGA